AUGUCCCGGACAGUGGAGAUGACAGUCAGACAAGCCUUGCAUAUUGCGCAGAACAGUCCAACCGGUCGCAUUGAUCCUCAAGUCCUUCGAAUACUGGAGCGCGCCCUCUCACAGAUAUGGCGUAACAUCCAGGCGCAACCAAAUACUUAUGUCAUGAACGACCUCGAGUUCGCCGUCUUCAACCACUACAGAGCACGAUCCGAAUAUCAGAAUGAGACAGCGCGGAAGGCUGUGUCGCGGUACUGGAACAGCCGGUCCGCCAGCGACGGAUCUUGA